ACUUGUUAUGUCAAUGUCACAGUGACGUGUAACAUUUUACGAGAGAUUAUUGAUUAGACUAAUGAAGUGUAUUUUAACUUAAAACGAGAGUAUAACAGUCUGAUAAUACAAUGUCCGCUAAAAACAAAUCUUCUGACAGUGCCAACAAGGGGAAAGUAACAGAAUCUGUUUGGAGGAAAGUGUUCGAAGCGAACGCGGAAUGGCCCGAUAAGGAGGAGUUCCUGGACGUUAUCUACUGGAUGCGACAAGCCAUUGGCAUCAUUUUGGGCUUGUGUUGGGGGUUGCUCCCUUUGAAAGGAUUCCUGGGUUUAUUGCUAUUUGUGUUAGUGAAUGCCGCAGUAAUAUAUUUUUAUGUGAGCAAUUUCCAAAGCAUAGAUGAAGAGGAGUAUGGUGGUAUGUGGGAAAUCACCAAGGAAGGAUUUAUGACAUCAUUUGCUGGGUUUUUGGUCACUUGGAUAAUCAUGUACACAGGACUUCAUGGGAGCAGUUUAUGAGGUUCACAUGUGUGAAGUACAGACAGACAAACAGACAAUGUAGUCUAAGUGCAAGUAUUUUUAGUAGCUUGGGAAGACAAUAUGUUAGAGUCUACACUUGAGGAUGUGUUGUAAUGAUAAAAAUUUGCAAAUUGCAAAAACUGUAAUAUAUGCUA